CAGGUGGCAGUAUUGUGGCCCAGUACCUGGUAGGUCAACGGCGUCAGCGAAUGAAAGAAGAAGAAAUCAUAGUGAGGAAUCGCGCAUGCGUAACAUUCCUUUUCUGACUCGAAGGAAGAAGACGAAGAUGAGGGCCCUGUGCUUGUUUGCUGUAGUUGCUUUGAUGGGUCUGGUGGCAGGUGAGGAGGGAGCUCGUCUGUUGGCUUCCAAGUCCCUGCUAAAUCGUUAUGCUGUGGAGGGUCGAGACCUUACUCUUCAGUACAACAUCUACAACGUUGGGACCAGUGCUGCCCUGGAGGUAGAGCUGUCAGAUGACUCCUUCCCCCCUGAGGACUUUGGCAUCGUCUCUGGAAUGCUUAAUGUGAAAUGGGAUCGUAUUGCACCUGCCAGCAAUGUCUCUCACACAGUGGUGUUGCGUCCUCUCAAGGCCGGCUACUUCAACUUCACCUCCGCCUCCGUCAGCUACCUGGCCCAGGAGGGUGGACAGGUUGUGGUUGGAUACACCAGUGCUCCAGGUCAGGGUGGCAUCCUUGCCCAGAGAGAGUUUGACCGCCGCUUCUCCCCCCACUUUCUGGACUGGGCUGCUUUCGGAGUGAUGACUCUGCCCUCCAUCGGCAUCCCUCUGCUCCUCUGGUACUCCAGCAAGAGGAAGUACGACUCACCCAAGGCCAAGAAGAACUAAAGCGCAAACUCACAACUCAGAGGGGGAUUGGGGUGGGGUGGGGGGGUCCUGCUGGGGGUGGCAGGGUGAGGCCAGGGGUAUUUUUCAAUUAAGAUUGCCAAGGGAAGAGGGUUUGGGCUUGUUUUUUUUUUUUUUUCCUUCGUCAAAUAAUUUAAUUACCCAUAUUGGGGUAAACUGUUUCAAAGAUCAUGUUGUUAUGGAUGCUGGAAGGAUGUCCGUCCUUCCUUCCCUGCGUAUGAUUUGUAAUAAGGUUUGGGUCGGGGUGAGACUAAAGCCGCAUGCAUGAUGGGAUGGUGCUGGAGGACCUGUGUGCAAGCAUGCCCAGUUGCAGCAAACAUCACUGCGGCCCCUUUGAAACAGUCACCUGUCUGAAACCCUCUUGAGCAGUGAGGACUAGGGCCAGAGGAACGGUGGAGCCCUCUGCUGGGUCAGUCUGGCAGUGUUUUUUUUUUUGGGAAAUAAAGUGGGUUUCCUAUAAAAACAAAAA